CUCUCUCCCGGGUGCAGCCUCCUCUCUCGCUCGCCCUCUUCACUCCAACUCGCCCCCUCCCCUCCCCCCCUCCCCUCCAAUCCCGCGAUCAGAGGAAUCCCCCAAACCCUAAUCCCCCUCCCCUCCGCGCAGCCGGAACCAUCCACCUGUGGCCGGGUUCCUCUGCUUCAUAGCCGAUCCUGGUUCCUUGGCUUCUAGGGUUCGGAGAUGGGCGACCACAUGACCGUCUUCCGCUCACUCCGCGAGCUCUUCCCUCAGGUUGAUCCCCGCAUGCUGAAGGCUGUCGCGAUAGAGCACCAUAAAGAUGCUGAUUCCGCUGUGGUCGCCGUCCUUGAUGAAGUCAUGCCAUCUAUGAUGGGUUCGGUCGAAGUCUCGAGCGUCCACCACGAGGCUGCGGUAUCUAAGUUCGAUUUUUUCAGAAGCUUAACCGUGAAUCAAGAUGCACGUGAAACAGGAAGUUCAUCAUCUGCUGGUCCAGUCGGAAUUUCUGGUGCCCAUCAUGAACCUGCGGAAUUUACGAAAGAUUUAUUCAGAAAUGUAUCUGCUAAUCAUACUGUGGGUGAGACAGGAGCUUCAUCAUCUGCUGUUAUGCUAAUGAAUGGAGUCAAAUCAGGUUCUGAUAUUCAUGUUGAUGAAGCUAAUGGAAAUGUUGAUUCUGCAAUCACAACUGACAUGCAAGAAAAUGUUGUGGGUGAACUAGAUGUGACUUCAUCAUUAGAAUUGAUGAAUGGACAACUAGAUUUCCCUUCCUGUUCUGUGCCUGCACUUAAUGAUAAGCAGUGUGAUUUGGCCGUUCAAGAUUUCUUAAACGCAUGUAAUGGUCGGUCUUUGUGGAGUGAAUACAUUGAUGAAUCACUCCUGGGGAAAAAUGGCAAUGACAGCAUAAAUCUUAAUGUUGCUCAAGUCCACGCGCAUGAUGUGGACAUCACAGGCCCAUUUGGGGAAUCCAUCUCUGACACUAUCUCAGAUGCUAUCUCUGACGCUGAACAUCAGCAGCGCACUAUGACCCUUGAAGAUUUCUUAAAAUCGUGUUACUCAGAUCAUUCAGCUAAUCAAGUUGGAAAUGGUGGAUCUUUAUCAAGUGAAUAUAUUGUUCAAUCACUCAUGAGGAAAAAUGGGAGCAACAGCAUAAAUCUUAAUGUUGCACAAGUCCAAGAGCAAGAUUUUGACAUCACAGUCCCAGUUGGCGAUUGCAUUUCCCAGGAUAAUCCUUUGGAGCUUCCUUGUUAUCAUGCAGAUGUGGAUAACUCCUUUUGUUCCAAGACUUCUACUGGUGUUCCUGACAGUGUAGUCUCACCUAAAUUUCUCAGUACUGAAAAAGACACCCUUGCACCUGUGCUGGAUUUUCCUAUUCCAGACACCCAAGAAUCCUUUGUUGGUUCUGGUGGAGUCUUAGUACACAUGGAUAACAACUGUGACAUUGAUUACAACUCCAAGGAUAGAGUUCAGCAUGGUGACGCAUUCUUGUCUUCUUCAAGUGAGUUGAUACCUGAUUUGAAUUCGAAUCACUUUGCCUCCAUGGCUUCAGCUCAUUCAAGCCACUCUGUUAGUAUUGAGUCACUUGAGGAUUCCAUUGCUGAUGCAAAAAACAAAAAGAACGAUCUGUUACCCUCACUUGAGCUGGUUACUAAGAUGAUAGAGGAUGUAGAACUUCUUGAAGAAAAAGCUAAAGUAGCCAAGCGUGAAUCAUCUAUUUCUGGUACAAGCAUUCUCACCAAAGUUGAGGAGCUCAAAGAAAUGUUGAAUCAUGCAAAAGAAGCAAAUGAUAUGCAUGCUGGUGAGGUUUUCGGCGAGAGAUCUAUUUUGACCACGGAGGCACGGGAGCUCCAAUCUCGACUUCAGAGGCUGUCAGACGAGAGGAAUAGUUAUCUAGUUGUUAUUGAAGAGAUAAGGCAAACUCUCGAGGAAAGAUUGGUUGCUGCACAACAGGAAUAUGAAGCAGCUGUGAAGGAAAAAGACGAAAAGGAAGCUUCUGCUCAGGCACUACUUAGUGAACAGGAAAAGGAGAUGAAUUCCAUUGUUGAAGAAUCAAGAAAGUUGCAGAAAGAAGCGGAGGAGAAUUUGAAGCUGAAGGAGUUCUUGGUUGAGCGGGGUCGAAUUGUUGAUACACUACAAGGUGAGAUGGCUGUCAUUUGCGAGGAUGUGUCUCAACUUAAGCAAAUAGUGGAUGAGCGCUUAUCUUGGAGCAAGUUGCAGCGAUCAACAAUGUCAAGUCUCUCCUCUUCGCUGCAUUCUUCGCUUCACAGGAGUGCUAGUUCGUCAGACAGGACCACCGAAGCCGUUGAGUCUAAAGAUAAACAUACAGUUGCUGAAGUUGCAAGGCCAGUGGCUGAGGAUCCGGAUGUCGACGGGAGAAAGGUUGAAAUGUUAGAUGGCUGUGACAGUGAAGGUGCAAGCUCUGUGGGUGAAGACAACAGCAAGCAGCGGGGUUCCAACGAGGAUGGCUGGGAACUGUGCUGAACUGAAGAUGGCUGAAGAUCGUCAGGGUUUGCCUGAGUUUGCUCCAUAUAAAUAAAUAAAAAUGGCGGUAAUAAUCAUUUAGAACCGUCUCUAUUUUGUGCGAGCAAAAUUAGUGAACUUGCGGGACUUGUCAUGGAAUAGCUUUGCCUUUUGGGAGGCGACUGAAUAUCAGUAAGUUAAAAUGGUGCUGACAUGAUAUGUAUAUACCGAGAUUCUAGCUUAAUCUAUAGUAUAAAUAAAUGAUUGGUGCCAUGUCAAUGCCAAUUUUAUUGCACA